AUGAUAACCAACGAGGCCUGGUCCUCAACAACAGCAGCAGCUUCGCUUCAGUAUUCGAGGUCAUUGAGGGACUGCAGUUUCGUAGUGCCUGAGAACACAACCACUGCUAUUGUUGGAGUCACUGGCUCUGGCAAAACCACAGUCUCUAGACUACUAUUCCGCUUCUUUGACGUUGAUGAUGGUGCCGUACGUAUUGGUGGUUAUGAUGUCCGUGAUGUGACUCAGAAGAGUCUAAGAGCCCAGAUAGGAUGCGUACCACAGGAUGUAGUGUUGUUUAAUGAUACCAUCAUACAUAAUAUACGGUAUGGUCGUCUUGAUGCAACAGAUGAGGAAUGCUGGGAAGUAGCUCGUAAGGCUAGGUUGGACCAGCUUAUUAAACAGCAGCUAGAUGGCAUGAAUACUGUGGUCGGUGAGAGGGGCCUUAAGCUCUCAGGAGGGGAGAAGCAGAGGUUGGCCAUAGCCAGGUGUAUGUUGAAGAACACCCCAAUACUCUUGCUCGACGAGGCUACCUCUGCAUUGGACUCUGCUACUGAGCAAGCCGUGCAGAUAGCAUUGGCCAAUCUAAGGGAGAAUAGGACAACUAUUGUCAUUGCACAUCGUCUCUCUACUAUAAGGCAUGCCAACCAGAUAGUGGUGCUGGAGUUCGGCAAGCUAGUUGAGAAGGGCACUCAUGAAGACCUUAUUAAACUACCAAACGGGAAAUAUAGAGAUCUGUGGGAGAAGCAGCAGAGAGGUAUCGAUGUUGAUGUGCACUCUGGUGGUGAGAUGCCCAGUAGUGAGGGCAGCAGUAGUAGCAAUGAGCAGCAGCCCAAAGCACACCCCCAUCCCAGCCAUACGUGAUAUAAUCGAACAGUGAUUGUGACCCAAUCCUACUCCUAGCUUGAAGUAUCCUCUCUGUUAUCGCCGUAUGGAGUCCCGAUACCCAGCA